CGAUUGUGGCUGUUCAAUUUUUUCAAUCAGAAGAAAAUUAUGGGAUCUGAAGGCAACAAAUUUAAUGAUGGAACAAGCUUCUCGCCGGCGGAUCAGAUUCUCUGUUCAAACGGUUGCGGAUUUUUCGGUGCGGCGGCGACGAAUGGACUUUGUUCAAAGUGUCACCGAGACUUUAAGAUGAAGGAAGAUCAUGCUGCGAUGGCUAAAGUAGCGAUGGAUAAACUUGUUAUAUCUAGACCUCAAGUUGAAUCGAUCGGGAAAGUUGAUUUCUGUUCGUCGGCGACAGUGGCGGCUGCGGAGAAGCCGGUUGUUGAGACGGCGGUGGCGGUGGAGAUCGCCGGGAGUCAGCCGAAUCGGUGUUUGAGCUGUAGGAAGAAGGUGGGAGUUGUGGGAUUUAAGUGCAGAUGUGGUAGUACCUUUUGUGGGACCCAUAGAUACCCGGAGAAACAUGAUUGUACCUUUGAUUUUAAAACUAAGGGGAAAAAAGAGAUUUGUAAGGCGAAUCCUGUAGUUAAGGCUGAUAAAAUCCAGCGGUUUUGAGCUGCUAAACCAAAAUUAAGUUCGGGUUUGGAAGUUAAUUUUUUUUUUUUAGAUGAUUGAAGGUGGUUAUGGGGAGAACAGGAUGGAUGUGUAUGAAAAGUAGAAUAUAGUUUUUAUUUAAGUAUAUAUUUUGCUUCCAA